AUGAACACUGCGCGCAAAACACGUAAGCUCUCCUACGAGGAGAAGUUGGAGGUCGUCGCACAGCUCCAUCAGUCCAUGUCUGGCGGAAAGGUGGUGUGUGGUGCCAUCUUGGCUACAGCUCGACGCAUGAACAUAGACCGCGUCACCGUGACUCCUGUAUGGAACCAAUUCGUGCGAAACAGCCACAUGCCAUCAGCGAAGCCUGGUCAUGUUGGACGCAAACCAACCCACACGGAUGACGAGAUAACCAACCUCAUCAGCGACGUACCCGAGGAGCAACGCUCAACCAUGCGUGAUAUCGCCGAGGCCACCGGACGGUCGGUGUCUGCCGUGUACCGCAGCUUUCGCAACGGAACCCUGCAACGGCGUUCAUCUCGACUCAAGCCUCUGCUCACGGUGGCGAACAUGCUCGCACGCGUCGAAUUCUGUCGCUUGCACCGGCACUUCGAGUUUGACGACAUGUGGGACAUAGUUCACCUCGACGAAAAGUGGUUUAACGCCGACAAGGACCGACGUAAGGUGUACCUUGUGAAGGGCCAGACGAUCGGGCGCCGCGCUGUCAAAAGCAAAUGGUUUAUCCCCAAAUUGAUGUUUUUGGCCGCCGUGGCACGUCCAAGAUUCGAUGAGGCCCGUGGCGCCAUGUUCACUGGAAAGAUCGGCAUGCGGCCUUUUGUUGAGAAUCGACCUGCUGUCCGCAACUCGCUCAAUCGUCCAGCUGGUGCCACCAUGCCUACACUCGUGAGUGUGAGUGGUGGGGUAUAUUUGGAAUAUGUUGUUACGAGGGUUAUUCCUGCGAUCAUGGCUGCAUUCCCAAGCGCGAACAAGCGCGUCGUGCUGCAGCAUGAUAACGCUUCGUCGCACCGUGUAACCACAGAAGCUGUCCUCGCGGCCGUGUCUCUUGACGGAUGGACAUUUGUCCUCCGGCGCUAA